AUGCUUAAGGAAAUUAUUCGCACUACUAUCACUCCGUUGAUUAUAUCGACCCGCUCGUAUUCACUUAGAGAAACUUGGCAAAACACCAAGGAGCCGCUUUUCAGAAUUGUGCAACACGUAAACAAAAAGACUGGAGAGUAUCUUGCUGAAGGGAUUGAUAUCGCACAACAAACUCAAUACGGGAAAGCCACUAGUGAUGGUGUAAAAGAGACGUUUCUGUCAAGUAAAGAAAGACAAAGAGUGAAUAAUAAUUUCAAAGAUGGUGGGUAUGGCUCAUUGCAGAAUAAAGGUAAGAUGGUUGAGAGUGAACAAUGCCGUGCUGAUGAUGGGUUGUAA